AUGGCAAGCGACUCUCCCCGCCGCUUCACAUGCUCAUCUUUCCGCCGUCGUCGCCUUUUCCUCCUCCCCGUACUUCUGUUUGCGUUUUUCCUGUUCUUUAGUACACCAUGGUCCCUACCUCCUCUCCAGGUCUCAGGGAUCUCUUCGCUUUCCCGUGCCAAUAUCGUUUCGCUAGUCAAGGGUCCACCAGUGGAGGAGAUAUAUGGCUUACUGCAUUUUGUGACGAGCGAUGACGAUCGCAUACUGUCACAUUCAGUAAAAGUGGACCAUGUUACGCCGAUCGAUCUGACUGUGUAUCUCGGUGGCGACCAACCGGAUUGGAAAUCUCAUAUGAGAAAGCUAAGAGAAGAAUAUCCCCUCAUCGUAUUCUCGAAGACAUUUUGCCCGUUUUCAAAAAGAGCUAAGAAGCUAUUGGAAACGUAUAACCUUUCUCCUCCCCCUAAAAUCAUCGAAGUUGAUCUUCGAGACGAUGAGGAUUUCAUAAAACUCAUUCUUACCCGUCUCACUGAUCAUUCCACGUUCCCCAAUAUCAUCCUGAAUGGGCAAGAACUCGGCGGAAGCGACGACUUGCACACGUUGCGUGCGCAAGGCAAGCUGAAGAAGAUGUUCGAGAACGCGGGGAUGACGGUAAGGGAGGAUAUCGUGAAGGAACAGGAGACGCAGUAG